AUGGCCGCCAUAGUAGUAUCCCUGGCCACUUCACUUACCGCUGCUGUUGCCCCAUCAUCUUCCUCGUUCUUGUUUUUCACCAAGUUGAAGUCAGCUCCUUGUCUUAGAUUCACUUUCUCAGUUUCACCCUUUGGUUCAUACGGAAGACGAGGAGGAGGCAAACUCAUGGCUCACUCUUUAGCCCGUGCUACUCUUGGCCUUACUCAGCCUGCUAACAUCGAUGUCCCUAAGAUCUCUUUUUCUGCAAAAGAGAUUGAUGUUGCAGAAUGGAAAGGAGAUAUACUUGCUGUUGGUGUUACAGAGAAAGAUAUGGCAAAGGAUGAUAGCAAGAAGUUCGAGAAUGCUCUUUUGAAAAACCUAGAUGCUAAGCUGGAUGGUCACUUAAGUGAAGCCUCUUCUGAGGAGGAUUUCACAGGAAAACCUGGCCAGUCAUUGGUUCUUAGACUUCCAGGUCUUGGUUCCAAAAGAAUCGGCUUGAUUGGCCUUGGACAGUCCGCAACAAACACAUAUACUUUUCGCAAUUUUGGUGAGGCCAUUGCAGCUGCUGCAAAGACUGCACAAGCCAGUAAAAUUGGCAUUGCACUUGCCUCGACUGGAAGUGUCUCAAAUGAAUCAAAGCUUAAUACUGCUUCGGCAAUAGCAUCUGGGACUGUGCUGGGAACAUAUGAAGAUAAUAGGUAUAAGUCAGAUUUUAGGAAACCUGUGCUUGAAUCUGUGGAUAUUCUUGGUCUUGGAACUGGACCCGAGCUAGAGAAGAAGCUCAAAUAUGCUGAAGAUGUUUCUUCUGCUGUAAUUUUUGGAAAAGAGCUUGUCAAUUCACCAGCCAAUGUACUCACCCCUGCGGUACUGGCAGAAGAAGCUUCAAAGAUUGCUUCCACAUACAGCGAUGUUCUUUCUGCCAACAUCUUGACUGCAGAGCAGUGCAAAGAGUUGAAAAUGGGAUCCUAUCUCGGUGUUGCUGCAGCUUCUGCUAAUCCUCCCCAUUUCAUCCAUUUGUGUUAUAAGCCCUCAAGUGGACCUGUUAAAGCCAAGUUGGCAUUAGUUGGAAAAGGAUUGACAUUUGACAGUGGCGGCUACAACAUCAAGACAGGACCUGGCUGUUCCAUUGAGCUCAUGAAAUUUGAUAUGGGAGGUUCAGCGGCAGUUUUAGGUGCUGCAAAAGCCAUUGGUAAAGUUAAACCUCCUGGGGUUGAGGUUCAUUUCAUUGUUGCAGCUUGCGAGAAUAUGAUUAGCGGAACCGGUAUGAGGCCAGGAGAUAUAAUUACAGCCUCAAAUGGAAAGACGAUUGAGGUCAAUAACACUGAUGCUGAAGGCAGGCUUACACUUGCAGAUGCUUUAGUUUAUGCCUGUAACCAGGGUGCAGAGAAGAUAAUUGACUUGGCGACCCUAACUGGAGCCUGCGUAGUUGCUCUCGGGCCCUCAAUUGCCGGUGUUUUUACACCCAGCGAUGAGUUGGCAAAUGAGGUAUUUGCAGCAGCAGAGGCCAGCGGAGAGAAACUUUGGAGGAUGCCAUUAGAGGAAAGUUACUGGGAGUCCAUGAAGUCAGGAGUUGCUGAUAUGGUAAACACUGGUGGUCGUCAGGGUGGUGCUAUCACUGCAGCUCUGUUUUUGAAACAGUUUGUUGAUGAGAAGGUUCAGUGGAUGCACAUUGACAUGGCUGGCCCUGUCUGGAAUGAGAAGAAGCGAACUGCAACAGGAUUUGGCAUCCAAACCCUGGUAGAAUGGGUCCAGCAACACUCUUCCUAG